CAACUCAUGAACAUAUUCGCACCAUUGCACUCAUAAACAUUCAUUAUGUGUAUAAUAAGUAGAGCAGAAUCUGUAUAGUAUCCUUGCACUACACACUAUAACACUGAUAGAUAACAACACCAACGAACAACUAAAUAAGCGUGUUAAUAACAACACUAAUGAUCAAAACACUACGUGACAAAGAAUUAAGGAGUGUAGCUAGUAGUACUGCGUGACUCAUGAAGUUACUAAAAUCCAAAAGUUAUUCAACCAACUUUUGAAUAUUGAACAAUGGACACUAAAACUUUAAUCAAAAGAUUAAUCAAUCUUCAACAUUGAAUAACUCUUCUCCAACUGGAUUAAGUUUAUGUGAUUUUAACAUCAUGUUUAUUCAUAAUAUUCAACCCUUUUUUAAAUAUCAGUCACCUUUCGCCCAGAGGAAAGUUCCAUUUCAAGGUGGGGAAGGAUGUAGUAUCCUCGCACUACACAUUAACACUGAUAGAGCUACCCAAAUCUAUAGACAUGUGUUUACAGGUUAUUCCAAUAUCAUGAUCGAACUAAUGAAUAAUGCAUAUACAGCUAUUGUACCCUUGAAACAGUAGCCCAUUGAUAAGUAUAUAUCUUACACUGUAUGUGUUCAAUAAGCAAGACAUGUGUGAGACACAAUAAACCAAGCAAGCAUCAAAGCAACAGCUCUUGUAGAACUCAAGACAUUACAGAAUCUGGGUAACAAUCAAUUUUUUAGACAAAAUAUUUUUGUUACAGAUAUCGUUUAAUAAUGUAUAGCUUUUCUCAAAUGCAACUCUAAAACAAACCCUGAAAGGCUCUGUGAAAAAAAUUGGUAUAAUUAUCAAAGACCAGUAAUCUCAAUUGGUCAUCGAAGUUGCAAGAAGAGUGGAAGAAAAAACACCAUGGCCCAAUGUGUACAAUAAAUUAACUCAAUAUUAAUUGUCUGGUUAAUUUGGGAGUUAACUUGGAAACGGUCGAAUGCGGUUUUUAUGUACAGUCACAACUCACAUGAUUAAAUGUAUAUGUAUUUGCCAUUAACUGAACGCCUACGCAUCACAUGACUGUUGGCUGUUUAUAAUACAUUCUAUAGUAUUUGGUAUGUCACCUUGAACCUCCGGAUUACGGGUUUUCCCCCAACCGGGCACGCAAUACCAGACAUCGUUAUUGUUUCUUGGUGCGUAGUGUACAAAACCACUCUGAUUCUUCACCUUUUUCUGAAGCUGUUAAAAUCCUUUGAGACGACCGUCUAAAAUGGCCACAGCUUCUUCACAAGACGCGGUGAGAAGUCGUGUUAGCAACAAGCCAUCUAACACACCUCAUCUUGAAUAUCAACUUAUCGACAAACACUCCCAGAUAAAAACAGCCCUUGAUGAAAUCCUUCGGAGUCAGGAUACCAGUCCAUUUCUUGCAGUCGAUCUUGAAGGAGAGUCUCUGAGUCGCAAAGGAGAGCUUUCGAUCGUCUCCAUAGCAACAGAUGACGACAUCUAUCUAUUCGACAUCAAGAAAUUGGGUAGAGAUGUUUUUGAUAAGGGUUUGAAGAGUAUCUUGGAGGACUCUUCUCGAGACAAGAUCAUGUUCGACUGUCGCCAGGACUCGGACUGUCUGUGGCAUCAGUUUGGUGUCAGGCUGGCCAAUGUAUUGGAUCUGCAACUUAUGGAGAUUAUUCAUAAGGAAGAACACCCAGAUCCAGAAUACCCAGAAAGAUAUGAGAUUCCUAAUCUUGGAAGCUUCUUAUACUGUCUCAAGAGAUACGUCAAAGAUGAAACCCUCAUCGCGAAGAAGGAGGCAGGAAAAUACAUGAUGUCCGCAGACGGCGUUUGGCUGGCCCGCCCCCUGAAAGACGUACUGUUACAGUAUGCAGCCUGUGACGUCAGAGGGUUUUUCCAGCUGUUCCGUCAACUGAAAGAUGGUCUUGACGGGCAGGGAAUGCAGCGCCUGCGCAUUGCGUCCAAAGUAUACCUGGAUUUUCAGCGAGCGCGAUUCAGAAGGUAUUUCGACGAGUUUGAAACAAAUAAGUAUUUACCAAUGUAUGUUAUUCCGGCAAAGGGUAGCUUAGUUUUUCCCCAUCGUAACAAGGAGUGCGUCGGUUGUCUUCGGGACUUCCAGCGCUCAGAUUUCAGCAAAAAUCAACUGCGAUUACGCACACAGAAAUGUGUUGUGUGCAAGAGAGUUAAAAAGAGCAUGGAGGCACAAGCCAGAUGGGAGGAACGCGAACAGGAACGCGAACAGGAAUGGCUGGUAGCUUCCGAAGCGGAUGGCUACGACUCCGAUGGUCGCGAAAUUAUGUUCGAUUUUUAUUAGGACAAUAGGCUCGUACAAAUGCGGAGAUCACAAACUAGAUCGUGCGUUUGUUGAAGUGUUUGUCCGCAAAGUAGUUUGUUUUAUUUUACAGGAAUUUAAAGUUGAAAGAGGAAUGUGUGAAACAUUCACAAGUAGACAUUUCCCAAUCCUUGUAUUACACUAAUAUAGUCGUUUAAACUUCUUGGUCAGAAUUGACCCACAUGUAGUCAUUCUGACCCGGAAUUUACUUGGAAAUUACCCAUGAAAGGGUCAACUGAUUAGCAUAAUCCGAGCUAAAAUACAAUUUUUUGAAAACCAGUUUCCAGGUCAAACUGAUCCAGAUGGGUCAGGCUCCACGCGUGACCCUGGAUCUGGGUCAAAAUGUAACCCGGGAGCUUUAAGAGCGUAUACAAUUGGAUUUAAAGGCAUUGAGUGCUCUUGUGGUAUUAUUUGUUGUUUCAAAAUUAUUAAUAAAUACACUGGGUUCUGUAUACUGACCACCAAUAAGGAAAUGAUAAACCGGCGACGUUUGCUUGUUCUUUGCAGAACUUGGUCUUUGCAGAACUUGUUCUGUCGUUGGUAAUUUGGAGAACAAUACUGAUAGGCGGUAAUAAAUGGUAGAGCGGAAUCUUGGUUAAACAAUCAAAUUUAUAGACACAAUAUUCUUGUUACAUAUAUCCUGAAUGAUGUAUACAUUUCCUCAAAUGCAAACCCAAUUCUAAAACAUACCCUUAACACAAAUAGCAACACCCACCACCAAAACAUAUAUCAUCUCUAUCAUCGAUUAAGACUCUUCAGUACCCCACAAAUUUAUGUGGCAUAAUACAAUAUAAUACUCUGAAAUAAUAUCAUUUCCCACUCCUUGAGUGAAUGAGAAUAUUCAGAGUGACGGCAGUUUAUCUUUUGGGGUUGUUGACUUAAAAAAAAAACAUUAUUAAACACCCAUACUUUAUGGCCCUUUUCGAAACCACGGCUUCGUCUAUGGAUUCAGCUUGAAACUCCGUUCUCUCGUCUGAAGCCCCGAGCGCGUAUACGCAAAGCACGCGCAAACUGUCAAACAACCGGCGGGGCCAAGCUAGCCUGAGCCGAAUCCAAAGCCGACGCCGUCGUUUCGAAAAGGGCCUUUGAUUAUUUUACCAACCAUCUUUAACCAUUCAGUAGGACGAGGGAUCAAAGAGCAUUAAAAUAAAAAGCUGUAAACUAAAUAGUUAAUUGUUGAUUAUAAAACUGUUGUUUAUAAACAAUACUAUAGUAAAUAUGUUUGCUUAAGUGUUUGCCUAAGUUGAUAAAAAUGUGUUUUUACUCAAAAUAAUAGCAUGUCACUAAACUUAUACCAGCUUUAAAACUCAAUUGUGCUUAAAUCUCUGUAACUCAUUGUAGGCACACUUGCUUCUGCACCUCUCCUGUGCCAGGAGUGCCUUUUAGAUAUGGCGCAUUAUAAGUGGCAACUAUAUUAUUAUUAUUAUUAUUAUUAUUUUGAUGUAAUGACUCGACGACGACCAAUAAUUAAUAUCGGAGAUUAAUCUUUGUUGUUGCAAAAAGGAGAGGAAAAUGCCUUUCACCAACAAUUUGUGCAGUGUUUUUUCGACUUUCUGUGGCACAUUUGAAAGGAUGGGAAUGAAAAGGAAGACAGAUUGUUUUCUUGUAUUUGUAACUCAUUGAAAAUUUUUAACUAUUUGUAUCUCAUUUGUAAUAUGCAGGGAUGAGAUUGUUCAGACUUUUGGCUGAAUUCAGACUUUUUAUGUCGGCUGGUGAAGAAAAUCA